AUGUGAGCGCGUCUUGGCCAUCAGAGGGCGGGUUUGGUGCGUUUCUGUGCGCAGCGCGUAACUGCUGCUGCUGCGGCUGCUGGUGAUGAUGAGAGAAGCGCCAGGUACACAAACCUUCCAGCACAGAUCCAGCGGCUUGGAUGCGACUUUAAAGCUCUGCAAAGACCCAUAAACACCGACCUCAGCUGUCAUUUUGAACGUGGCAGCUCCUUUUUGCUCGCCUUUUCUUCACCUGUAUUGUUCCUGCGCUUUGGAAAAAAACACAAAAGGAGUGACUUGAAAGUGCGUCCCAGAUGCCCAAAUGGGUCUCGUUAUGAUGGGAUUUGAGUUGAAGAACACGUAGCCACUCAGACAACAGUCACCCCCUCCUGAUUUUAACCGAGCUGCUCGUUGUUAAGGUAACUGGGAACUUCGAAAACGCGUUUUUGACCGCUGGGAUGUUGUAAACGACGCCAACCGGCCGGGACAGACAGGAGCAGGGGGACGCAGAAAGGAAGAAGGGGGAGAACCAAGGUUGGACCGGAGGGAUUAUGGCUCUCGCAGCGUUUUCUCUCAGCCUCAUCACGCUGGCGCUGACAAACUUGCACCUUUCGAGAGCCAGCAACCGGCAUGCGGUGUACUGGAACAGCUCAAACCUGCUGCUUCGGAGGGAGGGGUACACGGUGCAAGUCAGCGUCAACGACUACCUGGACAUCUACUGCCCGCACUACAACACCAGCCAGCGGGGGACGCUGGAGCGCUUCAUAGCUGAGCAGUACAUCCUCUACAUGGUCAGCUACCACGGCUACCGCACCUGCGACCCCCAGCUGGGCUUCAAGCGCUGGGAGUGCAACCGGCCCCACGCCCCCCACGCUCCCAUCAAGUUCUCAGAGAAGUUCCAGCGUUACAGCGCCUUCUCGCUGGGCUACGAGUUCAACGUGGGCCAGGAGUACUACUACAUCUCCACCCCCACCCACCACCACGGCCACAGCUGCCUGAGACUGAGGGUCUACGUCUGCUGCUCUACUGUCUCCCAGGCGGAUGACGACUCCAGUCAGACUUCUCCCGACUACACAGUCAGGCCAAACAUCAAAAUACACAACAUUGAUGAAUUUAACCCUGAAGUUCCCAAGCUGGAGAAAAGCGUCAGCGGCAGCAGCCCAUCACGCGACCGCCUUCUUCUCACCGUGGCGAUGCUGCUCGUGUCUGCCGUGCUUUUGUCCUAGCGACUUGUCCCCGGGCGACACUUCAUGCACAGCUGGACCGCCUUGUCCAAAGGGCUUUGUAUCCACCAAGUUUUUGAAGAUGCGAAAGUCGACGAGAGAAUCGAAUCGAGCAGAAGUGCAACAGAACCACAAUCAAGAGGACACGGGAAAAAACAAACAUUCUUAAACUUAGCUUAAUGGACUUUAAAUAAAAAAAGAGAGGCCUUUUUGCUGUCAUAUUUACACCAGUGUGUUUUGACACUCCAUGUUGUUGUUGGACAUCACACAGCAUUUCAUGCAGGUGUGGAGACCGCCGCCAAAUAUCCAGAAUCAGACUUCUGAGCUGCUCUCACGCCUGGUGUGAGUGAGAAAACAUAAUGAGACUACACUCACUUAUUGUAGCAUGGAUAUCAAAUCACCUGAGGAAUUUAAGCUGCACUGUCUUCAGCUGAUGAAAGUAACUGAAAACGAGGAUUUUUUCUAGACCCUGGACCGCAGAUCCGGCAUGUCGAAGCAUUAACUUUUGAUGCAGUAAAAGAACGAGCUGGAACUGUGGAAGCGCACUGAUCUUACCAGGAUGUUUAUAUGAUCAGUCAGCGAUGAGUACUGCUGCCUGGACACUGAAGAAUGUGUUCACACUGGUGUGAAGGAGCUGCUGGUAAUAAGAGCCCCGAGGAAAGUGAAAGACUUUGUGAGGAUAUCCACAGGCCUUUCAAGUAUCCAUUUUCCCCAGACAUCAAAAAUACCCCUGGCUUUGUGAUAGGUACAGACGCAAAGCCUGCGUUUCUUAGACGGUAGCGAGUGCCCUCUUAGAACUAGUCUUUUGUCUGCAUUUCCUGCCUUCACACUGUAACAACCCUAGAAAAAUACAGACCCUGGACUAGUAAUUUGACGGCACUUAGACGUGGUAGAUGUGGUAGAUGUGUGUUUUGUUCCGAUGCAUUUACCUUCAGCACUUGGCGUAGAUUUUCCGGAUGUCAAACCUUUCUCCUGGCAGCAAUCAGCACAGUCAUUCAGAACGCCACUAAUUUACAAUUCUCCAAAAAAAGAAAAAAAAGAAAAAAAACAAACUCUCUCUCAACAGAAAGCCACCCCCCCCACCCCCCACCCCCUCCCCUUUAAUCUCCCAGACGACCCUGUCUAUUCCUUUUCCACUUGAGAGGUUCACAGCCAAUCAGCGCUGAUGGCCAUUACAGCAGUCACACGGUCACCAUGGAAACAACCCCAUACAGUCGCCAAAGUGCGGCAGGUGCCUGAGGAGAAAUUGUGCUUUGAGUCUCAAAGUAACGCUGCCGCCAUUUUGUUAAAAAAACAGAAAAAAAUAAGAAAAAAAACCAAACAAACAAACACGUGUGAAUGUGCAAAUAAGGAGGAUAAGUUCACUUUUUUAUAUUGUAAUACAGGACAAUGUAGGCUGGCGUUAAUCAGAUUACAAUGUUGUGCUUUUUAUUCUUAAUUUAUUUACUUUUGUAUUUAUUUUAACAUUAAAGUAUAUUAUUUAUCUAAUUUAUUAGUGUGCAUUCGUAGGCCUUUGCUCAAUAAGCUAUUGUGCCAUUUUUUUAUUCCGUUUUUUUUUAAAAGAGUGAACAUUUUUACUGCAGCAUUUUUUUGCUUGUGUAGAUAAAGUAGAUGUAACUCAGCCUGACACCAAGAGAGGGUUAUUGGUUAUGACUAAUCAGUAGGGACAUACACUCAGUAACCCCACUCUCAUGUAACAGAUACUGCUAACCAGAUUAUGUUGCCGAAGAGCAUGUCAUAAACCAACUGUGAAUGCACAGACGGAGCCGACGGUGACGGAGGGGCGGCAUUCCUCAAAACAAGGGAGUCUGCAUUGUAAUGUAUAUUUAUAAUACAUGCCGGAUACGGAAUGUGUGUGUGCGUGUGGGUGCACAGGCGUGUGUGUUUUGCGUGGGAGUGUGCGAGAGGAACAAACAUAUGUGUGCACACUGGUGCGUAUGUAUGAAGAAUGUGUUUCGUCCGCGCUUUUCAAGUAUGUGGCAUUUAGAAAUUUCGUAACCGUUAAAGGAGUCAUUUGUAGGAUCUGAAUAUGCAAAGUGUGUAUGAGAGAAUGUGCUCUUCUGUAAUGUUAGUUUAUGUUCCGGGGAGGGGGUUUUGGGGGGGAAGGCGGGCGAAAAGCAUUUACCGAUGUUGAAGACAACCACAAUGACAUGUGUUUACCUUUGACGAGAAUGAAUAAACAACUGUAAAUUGAACCAAGAAUGAUUAAAAACAAUGCCAAUUAAAAUCUUUUUUGCAAAUUUA